AUGGGGCUUCGGACUCGCAUAGAGAAUGCUGUUGAGCAUACAGGGCUGCGGCAGGUCGCCCAGUAUAUUCGACUGGUCGACUGGCUCAAGGAGAGUGACGACGCCACCAUCAGCAGCACAGAGUGGGCUAUGAACGUAAUGCAAAUCGAGUAUUCAAUCCGCGAGAUCGUUCAACAAGAAACGAGCGUGUCUGAAAAGUGCCAGCGACUGUAUCACGAGAUAAAUGCCCAAGGCGGCGUCGCAUCAUCAAACCAAACCCAGCAACUGAAAGAUUGGAAGAAAGAACUAUCUGUCUUGAAUAGAGAGUACUGGAGACAGGAGAGGAAACAUUUCCUCGAGAUUUCCCGCGCGGACAAUAACGGCUUUUUGCGUGCCUUUAAGUCCUACCGACAGAAACCGAAGUGGCAUCUGCAUUCUCGACUUCGUGCGGACUGCGCCGGACGUGGAGGCUGUUGUGGGCGAGACUGUGGAUGUUGCGAGAGAGCGCGAAGCACUAUUCGGGCCCAUCAAUAUGGACAUUGUACCACGGAAUGUAGUUGCUGCGAGCAACAUCGUAAAUUUGCGCUGAAUGAAAAAGAGCGGGGAUUUAUUCGGCCUGAUCUUUCAGACCCAGAUCGUGCUGUUGACACGGCGCUGAUGAUCAAUGCCAAUUUCAUGGGAUUUACGGAGCAUCACUUGCUCUAGUUGUUAUGGGUUUCUAUGCGUGAUUUCCAUAAGCUGGAAGGUCUUUACCUAUCUGGCAUUUACAAAUUGAA